GUCUGGCACACGGCAGAGCAACAAACUCUAGGAAGAAGAGAAGCGUAAUUUAGGGGGUGUAUCCCUUGUUUAAGACGCUGUUAUGGCAAAGCCAAUCGCCAGAUGUUUGUGUUUCUCACUCAGAUUUUGAGACUAAGCAGAACGCCGGGUUACUACGCGGAGGCUGAUUCGCGUAUCCAAGCCACUUUUAGCCAAAGUCUAGCUACACGCGAUCUCUCUCUCUCACUUUACGCACAGGAUUACGCCCGUUUGCUCGUCUAUUUCGCGGAGCUGCAACGUUUCUUCUGUCAUUCUUUAACAGGGUGAAGGAAAUGGCAAAGGAGAGAGGAGCGCGGCUGGGAGAGCGCAGAGGAUACCAGAGCUGAAUGGCAGGAUGCAAGCGACCUGAAGACGCACAAAACCCCGCAUUUCUACAGCGCUCAGGCCCUUUUACGCCUUCUUUUGGUCUCCUUCCGUCCAAACGAGAGGAAUUACCCCUAUACGACCAUUUAAGGAUUUUCUUUUUUCUUAAUUUUUCAAAUUUUGGUUAUUUUCACACGCGGAACUCAAGGAAUCGAGGAUGCAUUGUGGAUUAGUGUUGAUCCUCUUACCGGGAAUCUUUCUCAUCGUCAGUGCUUUCAAAAAUGACAAAUGCGGGGACAAUAUCAGAAUCACUAGCGCAAAUUACCUCACUUCACCCGGUUAUCCGGUGUCUUACUACCCGUCUCAGAAAUGCACAUGGGUGAUUACAGCUCCAGGACCGAACCAGAGGAUUUUGAUCAACUUCAACCCACACUUUGACCUGGAAGACAGAGAGUGCAAAUAUGACUAUGUGGAAGUGAGAGAUGGAGUGGAUGAGAGCGGGCAGCUGGUCGGGAAGUAUUGUGGGAAGAUCGCUCCCUCUCCUGUGGUCUCCUCUGGGAACCAGCUCUUCAUCAAGUUUGCGUCUGACUACGAGACUCAUGGUGCUGGCUUCUCCAUCCGCUACGAGAUCUUCAAAACGGGUCCAGAAUGUUCCAGGAACUUCACCUCCAGCAGUGGAGUCAUCAAGUCACCCGGCUUUCCAGAGAAGUACCCCAACAACCUGGACUGUACGUUCAUGAUCUUUGCUCCUAAGAUGUCGGAGAUCGUUCUGGAGUUCGAGAGCUUUGAGUUGGAGCCAGACACACAGCCACCCACUGGAGUGUUCUGCCGCUACGACCGCCUGGAGAUUUGGGACGGCUUCCCUGGAGUUGGUCCAUACAUUGGCAGAUACUGUGGACAAAAUACUCCAGGACGGAUCAUAUCCUACACUGGAAUCUUGGCUUUGACAAUCAACACAGACAGUGCUAUUGCAAAAGAGGGAUUCUCGGCUAACUUUACUGUGCUGGAAAGGACAGUCCCGGAUGACUUUGACUGCACCGAGCCUUUGGGUAUGGAAACUGGGGAAAUCCAUUCCGACCAAAUCAUGGCUUCAUCCCAGUACAACCCCAGCUGGUCUCCGGAACGAUCUAGACUCAACAACCCUGAGAACGGUUGGACCCCUGCGGAGGACUCAAACAAAGAAUGGAUCCAGGUUGAUCUUGGAUUCCUGCGCUUUGUCUCGGCGAUCGGCACACAGGGAGCAAUCUCUCAAGAGACCAACAAGAAAUAUUAUGUGAAGUCCUACAAGGUGGAUGUAAGCUCAAACGGAGAAGACUGGAUAACUAUAAAGGAAGGCCCAAAACAGAAGAUUUUCCAAGGGAACACCAACCCUUCUGAUGUAGCGAAAGCCAUGUUCCCAAAGCCCACAUUGACGCGAUACCUCCGGAUCCGACCAUACAACUGGGAAACCGGUAUCGCUCUGCGCUUCGAGGUGUAUGGAUGCAAAAUCUCAGAGUACCCAUGUUCUGGAAUGUUGGGAAUGGUCUCAGGCCUUAUCGCAGACUCUCAGAUCACAGUUUCAUCCCAAACCGAGCGCACCUGGGUGUCAGAGAAUGCCCGUCUGCUGACCAGCCGUUCGGGAUGGACCUUGUUGCCGCAGCCCCAGCCGUAUGUGGAUGAGUGGCUGCAGAUAGAUCUGGGUGAGGAGAAAUUGUUCCGAGGUUUCAUCAUCCAGGGAGGUAAACACCGUGAUAACAAGGUAUUCAUGAAGAAGUUUCGGCUGGGCUACAGCAACAACGGAUCCGACUGGAAAAUGGUGAUGGAUGCUACCGGCAACAAGCCCAAGAUAUUUGAGGGGAAUUUGAACUAUGACACGCCAGCAUUGAGGACUGUGGAGUCUACAUUGACACGCUUUGUUAGGGUGUACCCAGACAGAGCCACUCCUGCUGGGAUGGGACUUCGAUUGGAACUCCUGGGCUGUGAAAUGGAAGUGCCCACAGUGCCCCCUACUACGCCCGCUUCCUCCACCACGCCAUCAGACGAGUGUGAUGAUGACCAGGCCAACUGCCAUAGUGGAACAGGUGAUGACUACGACCAGACAGGUGGAACCGUUGCGCCAGAGACGACCACAGAGAUGAGCACCGUUCCAGCGUUCCUGUGGUUUGCCUGUGACUUUGGCUGGGCCAGUGAUCCUUCAUUCUGUGGCUGGAUGUCAGAGGACAGCGGUUUCAGGUGGCAGAUCCAGUCCAGCGGCACCCCGGUGGUAAUUGAAAGCGUAGUGGAGAGGAAGAGUUGGGGAGACAUUGCUGUGGAUGACAUCAAAAUCUUAGACAAUCUGAACAUGGCCGACUGCAAGGACCCAGAUGUCCCAGCAGAGCCAAUUCUACCUGAGGACAACUUCAAUGAAAUCAUCGUGGACAUCACAGACUUCCCUGAGAUUGUGGAGAACCACGAGAUCAGCGGCGCCGGAAACAUGCUGAAGACGCUGGACCCCAUCCUCAUCACCAUCAUCGCCAUGAGCGCGCUGGGGGUCUUCCUCGGCGCCAUCUGCGGCGUGGUCCUCUACUGCGCCUGCUCCCACAGCGCCAUGUCCGACAGGAACUUAUCCGCCCUGGAAAACUAUAACUUUGAGCUAGUGGACGGCGUCAAGUUAAAGAAGGACAAGCUGAACUCACAGAACACGUACUCAGAAGCGUGAAGCGCCGACCAAUGAGAGGGAACCUCUCCUCAGGGAGGGCGGGGCUAAAACGGACUGCCGAUGCCUUCCGGUUGGAGGAGGACAAGGCUCUGUGGUUCAGCGAACCAAUGGGAGGUCUGGGACUGAGCCAUGCAUUUCUCAGGAGCUGCAGUGAACGGAACCUACCAGUAGGGGACACUGUGUACAAAACAUUGAAUACAAGGAUUUAAAAGAAACAAAAAAACAAAAUGAAAAAUAAGAAUAUGUACAGAUGAUUGUUAUUUUACUUUUUUAUUUGAUUGUUUUGUAUUAUUUUUGGUUGAUCAUUUUUACAAUCGGAUGCUGGUGUUGAGACCAAUAUAUAAUAAUGUUAUAAAGUAUUUAUCUUUUUUUUUUUUCUAGGAG